AUGUCUGGUUGGAGUCUUCAGGAGAAGCUGUACGGACCAGUGGAAUCUCUACUGAAGACCAACCGUGUCACCAUUGCUUCCACAAUUCAAAUAGUUAAGCGGCGAUAUGGUAAUGAAGAAUCUGGCCAUUAUAGUAUCAGCAGCUACGAGACCAUCAUACCUCACGUAGUCGACGAGCAUGGCGACUUCCUCAGCUAUAAUGUCCAUCAGUCACGGGUCCGCAGGGCCGCAAGGGGGCGCGUUGAAGCAACCUCACAGAGCGAGAUCAUUGAUGGCUCGGACAUCUCCGAAUAUCGUAUCUUCUACAAGUUCUCGGUCUUUGGGAAAGAAUUCCACUUUGAUUUGACGCUUAAUACAGACUUUCUGGCGCCCGGAUUCGUGGUGGAGUACCAAGACCGACGCGGCGUGAUCGGCACUUCCGGUACUGUUGCUAACUGUUACUAUGUGGGUCAGAGUCGGACGCCGAUCAUAUCAACCGCGGCCAUCAGCAACUGUAAUGGACUGCACGGCGUGUUUUCCACGGCGGAAGAGGACUACUUCGUCGAACCUCUCUGGAACCACACAAACACCGUGGAGACAGAGGGUCACCCGCAUGUGGUCUACAAGCGCUCCUCCGUCAUCAGUCCGGGGCUUGAUGCCCACUGCGGGGUUAGUGACCGCACCCGAGACGCGGUAGUUCCGAAGCCUCUUUUGGCAUCUGACAUCGGCGUCCAGUGGGCGGAGGGACACCGGAUAGAAAACUUCAUUUUCUCCGCUCAGAACGACUCAAUCACCCACAGACUCGUACCAAGGAAAGUUUACGACAUUCCAGUCACACAAAUCAAGAAACCAUUCAUUGAAAAGCCACCGUACCAAGCUACGGACAGCGUCCGAAACCUGAGGGGCUUACUGCGCGGCCCGGUCCGUCAGAGACGCGGGGCAGAUCCACGGGGAUCAACGCGCGACCCGGGCCGACAGAGACGCGAGGUUGUGAUGGAGAUGCCGGAGAGGACGGUGGAGACGAUGGUGGUGGUGGACAGGGAGAUGUACAUGUUCCACAAGUCCGCGAGCGUCAUAGAGCCGUAUGUGCUAACAAUCAUGAACAUUGUUGCAAAACUAUACCGGGACCCUAGCAUUGGCAACAGCAUAAAUAUCGUCGUAUCAAAACUGGUUAUCCUCACGGAAGACAAGGAGAACCUAUCGAUUAGCCAUCAUGCGGACAGAUCUCUCGACAGUUUCUGCAAGUGGCAGCAUCGCCAGAACACAACGAGCGCACAGACGCACGACAAUGCCGUGCUACUGACAAGGUACGAUAUCUGCACGUACAAGGACAAGCCGUGCGGCACCCUGGGGCUGGCCCCUGUGGCGGGCAUGUGUGAGGGCGAGAGGUCAUGCAACAUCAACGAGGACAUUGGACUCGCCUCAGCGUUCACUGUGGCGCAUGAGAUGGGACACAAUUUCGGCAUGCAACAUGACGGCGCCGGGAACCUGUGUGGCACCCCGGGGCAGGAACCAGCACGCAUCAUGGCGGCCAGACUGGCAGGGGACACCAACCCAUUCCUGUGGUCUAACUGCAGUCGCCAGUACAUUACAGAGUUCCUGGAGUCUGGGAAAGGUCGCUGUUUGGAGAGCAUGUCCGGCUCGCACCACCAGGCAGACGAGCCGGUUACCGGAUAUAACCUCGGCCAUGACGCCAACAAGCAGUGCCGUCUGCAGUUCCAUGACAAGUCAGUGCCCUGUAGAGUAUAUGAGAUGUGCCGGGAGCUGUGGUGUCUGGACGCGGAGGCUCAGUGUAUCACCAACAGUAUCCCGGCCGCGGAGGGCACCGCGUGCAUCAAUGAUACACAUCACUUCCACGGGGCGUGUUAUCGCGGGAACUGCGUGAAAAGCGACUUCCCACCGGAAGUGGUUGAUGGCGGCUGGAGCGCAUGGAGCGGCUUCUCCGAGUGCUCCCGGACAUGCGGCGGUGGAGUGAUGAACAGGCAGCGAGCAUGCAACAAUCCAAAACCUGAAAACGGAGGCAAAUACUGCGUUGGAGAGAAGAUCCGAUACAAGUCCUGCAACAUGAAGCAAAAGUGUGCAGACGGCGCUGUAGACUUUCGGAAGAUGCAGUGCUCGGAGUACAAUACUAUCCCCUUCCGGGGCCGCUCCUUCAACUGGAUACCUUUCACUGGAUCUCACGGUAGCCCGUGUGCACUGAACUGCAUGGCAGAAGGUUUCAACUUCUACACUGAGCGCGCCAACAAGGUGGUUGACGGCACGCCGUGCUAUCCUGAUACCCUUGAUAUGUGCAUCAACGGAGAGUGUCACCACGUGGGCUGUGAUGGGGAGCUGGGUUCCGCUGCCAAAGAGGACAAGUGCCGGGUGUGUGCGGGCGACGGCAGCACGUGUCAUACCAUAUCCGGUAUGGUGGACAAGUCUUUACCUAAAGGAGCGUACCAGGAGAUUCUGAAGAUUCCUUCAGGGGCCAUGCACAUCCAGAUACAGGAGGCGUACGAGUCACACAACUACCUCGCGUUGAAGAGUGAAGACGGGCCAUUCUACAUCAACGGAGACUGGACGAUUGACUGGCCCCGGAAGUUCACUAUCGCCGGCACGGUGUUCCACUAUGAGCGGCAGAACGACGCUCCGGAAAUCAUGCGAGCAGUUGGACCCACCAGCGAAAACCUCGUGGUCAUGCUACUCAUGCAAGAGGACAACCAGGGUGUGCAAUACGAGUACAACGUGCCGUACAGCGCCUCCACCGGCAACGUGACCCAGCACACGUGGACCCACUCCUCAUGGACCGAGUGUUCGCAUUCCUGUGGCAAAGGUAUAAGCAGAUCGGAAGCCGUUUGUGUGCACAAGUACCGGAGGACUAUUGUGGAAGACGGCCAUUGUUUCCCGCAGCCAAAACCCAGCCACCAUUACAAACACUGCAACCAAGAGCCGUGUCCCUCAGACUGGGAUGUGGGGGAAUGGAGUCGCUGUAGUCAGACAUGUGGGGGCGGAAUGAAGACGCGCACAGUCCUGUGUCUCCAGCGGAUCUCACAGGAGGAAGUAGUCACACUGGACGCCUCGGAAUGCCCGGGGGAGCAGCCGCCAUCGGAGCGCCAGUGUAAACGCAGCAAUUGUCCUUCCAUGUGGGUCGCCGAGGAUUGGACAGAGUGCUCUAAGCGGUGUGGUCGCGGAGAGAUGGUGCGACAUGUAUAUUGCAUGACGAGCGACAGGGAGAUGUACCUCGACGACGCGGAGUGCGAGGCUGCUAAGAAACCGGCAACCAUAGCAACCUGCGUCAAGAUGGCAUGUCAGCAACCAAAAUGGGUUGUUCAAGAUUGGUCUGAAUGUCAAGGUCGGUGUGGCGAGGGCUGGCAGAGGCGACAGGUGGACUGUAUAGACCAUGACGGGGAGCCAGGUGACAAGUGCGACCCUGAGAGCCGGCCAGCGGACGCGCGGCGCUGUGACAUGAACUGCGAGGAAGAGCUGGCUACACACGACGAGUGUGUGGACAACUACAACUUCGCCUACUGUCCUCUUGUACUGAAGUUCCGAUUUUGCGACCGAGAGUACUUCCUCAAAAUGUGCUGUAAAACAUGUCAGAUCUCAGGAGCGCUUACCCCACAAUAGAGCUAUGGCAGCCGAGAACUUUUGAGUCCUGUUGUCAGAAAACUGGGCAUAAUGCAUGU